CGGGUGAGGAAGGGCACUGAGAGGAGCAGUGCGCAGGUUUCAGUAUCUCAAGUAACCUGUGAAGACCAGCGACAUUAAGGCUGUCUUCACUACACCCGCUGCCACUUGUCAUAACCCAGCCAAGCCGUGGACAUAUUGUCGUCUGUUUUUGUUACACGUAUCAGUCAUGACUUCCGAAAUUGAGGGGGAAUUACGAAAACGCAUGACAGAAACAGAGGACAGACACGAGCAGAUUGUACCCAGCUCAGAAGUAGAUUCAGAUGAUGACCGUGUCCCAGAGCAGACACUAGAACACAGAACAAAGCAUACCCCUCAUGGAACUGAUCAACAGCCUAGUUUCCUUCACACUAUUCUCUCUCCAUUGCCACCAAGAUGGAGAAACUGGGUGAUACGAGGCAUCUUCACUUGGCUCAUGAUUGGUCUCUUCUGUUUUAUUAUCUUUGUUGGCCCACUGGCUCUAAUGUUCACGACAUUACUGGUACAGGUGUGGUGCUUCAAGGAGAUCAUCAAUAUAGGCUACUCAGUCUACAGAAUGCAUGGCCUGCCCUGGUUCAGGUCUCUCUCUUGGUGGUUUUUGAUCACCAGCAAUUAUUUCUUUUAUGGAGAAUCACUGGUGGCCGACUACUUCAGUGUUAUCUUCUCCAAAAGUGAUAUAAUGCGUUGGUUGAUUGCCUACCACCGCUUCACCUCAUUCUUCAUGUACAUUGUUGGAUUUGUGUGGUUUGUGCUUUCUUUGAAGAAGAAAUACUACAUGCGACAGUUUUCUCUGUUUGCAUGGACGCACGUUGCUCUGCUUAUUGUGGUCACCCAGAGCUAUCUUAUCAUCAUCAACAUCUUCCAUGGCAUGAUCUGGUUCAUUGUGCCUGUGUCCAUGAUUGUCAUCAAUGAUGUCAUGGCAUACAUGUUUGGAUUCUUCUUUGGCAAGACUCCACUCAUUCAACUCAGCCCAAAGAAAACCUGGGAGGGCUUCAUUGGUGGUGGUAUUUCAACAGUCUUCAUGGGAAUGAUGCUCUCUUAUUUGAUGUGCCAGUAUCCAUUCUUCGUGUGCCCUGUGGAAUUCAGCGAGUCCGAGGACAGUUUUAAUUACACGUGCGAUCCUUCCCCCAUAUUCAGACCCCAGGAAUACAGCUUACCUGAGACUUUGGCCAACUUCUCUGCUUUGCUGGGUUGGAAGAAGACUGUGACUAUGUACCCAUUUGUUCUUCAUUCAGUUGCACUGUCCGUCUUCAGCAGCGUUAUUGGACCCUUUGGAGGUUUCUUUGCCAGUGGCUUUAAGAGAGCAUUUAAGAUUAAGGACUUUGGUGAUGUUAUCCCGGGCCAUGGUGGAAUGAUGGACCGCUUUGACUGCCAGUAUUUAAUGGCCACAUUUGUGAAUGUUUAUAUAAUGACAUUCAUCUCAGAAACAUCACCUCAGAAGCUUCUGCAAAAGGUGUACAUGCUGAAACCAGAGCAGCAGCUGCAGCUGUACAAUAUGCUUCAAGACUCUCUUAUUGCUCGUGGGAUUUUACAGCCGUGAGUUCCAGUAGAGAAAUAUUUAUAGAUGAUAAUGAAGGGGAGUGUAUGUAUUCACGUAUGGAGAGAGUAAAAGAUCACGCUAUUAGUUAUAAUUUACUCUUUACUGUAACUGCCCCCUAAAAAAGGUUCAUCAUCUGUAAUGUUCUUCUCUACGUGAGAAUUUGCUCACAUUAAAAUUAUUUGAAUCUUGUGUUCAUUUGGAGAAUAUACUGUAAUUUAUGUAAUGCACUGUAUUUGUUAAAGUUGUUUUAGGAUUUUUACUUGGUUGGAUGUUCCAUAUCCUAAUUACAACUGUAUCCUUGAGUGUACUUCUUAAGAAGGGUUUUAUUUACUAACCAACCACUUCACUCUGUUCAUAUAGUACCAGUAAUCUUCAUACUGUGGUUCUGUUGCAAUAUCCAGUUCUAGUCAGAAAUAGUAUCUAUUUUAACUUCAAAACAUUUAAAUUUUUUAUCUUUAAUAAAUAUCAGGAAGUCUUGUAGCAUUAAACUGCUUAGUUUUCUCUCAGGUCAUAGUUUGUGAGAGAUUAAAGCUAGUAUUUGUUUUGUAUACAAAUGUAGUUACAAGUUUUUAUCUGUCUACUGAAGCAGUAUAAGUACUGCUUACAAGUUCUCUUUAAUUUUCCAUAAAACAAAAUUACUAAAAAUUUUACAAUUCAUCUCGUCUAUUUUUAUGGAACUUUACAUAUUCCACAUUUCAUGUACCUGUAUGUACGGUAAGUCAUUAAUUGUAACAUCUAAAUUGUUGACUAUCACAUGAGUGUUAAUUGAAACUCAAAAAACUACCAGCAUUUUUCUACUGCAUGUGAGGAAGAUUAAAUUCUGUAUUUGAAAAUCAUUCUGUCAAGUUAUUUAUGAGAAUUUGCAAAAGUUUGCCCUGCAAUGGCAAGGUGAAGAAAGUAAGGCCUAUGACCAAACGUACGUUGAUGGUACAGUACAUAGUCAUCAUGUGUUCGGUGUACUGUAGUAUCAUAAUGUCACAACUCCUGGAGGCCAAACAUUAGUAACGUUAAGGGUCAAAUAUGUUUAAGUAAUGAAACUCCAUUACAAUAAUAAUUCAUAAAGAGAAAGCUAAGUGUACAUGGGAUAUGGUCCCUUAAUUUGUUAUACUCUACUGGUAACUUGUAAAACUUAAAUACAGCCACUAAGAAUAAGAGAGAAGUAUUCUAUGUAUAGUUACCAGCAAAAGUCCUCUCACAAACUUGCUACACAGGGCUGUGGGAGAACUUUUGCUGGCAACUGUACAUUAAAGUAAUCAUGAUAGGUAAAUAUGUUCAAGCAAUGUUUAAAAUUCAAUUCAGAUAGAAACAGCUUUGAAUUUGACAACUUUUUAUUUUCAGUUGUAAAAGACUAUAGCAAAUUUAAAUAUCAGUAGGUACAGUACAGUAUAAUGUGCCAUAUUAUACUUGAAAUUACCGGGACUGUUCAAAUAUUGAUACAGUGAUGUGAUCAAUUAAGAGUGUGUAGAUUUUGCAUGUAGGUUUUGUAGUUACUGCUGAUCAGAAUAUGUAAACAUCACAUCGGUUUAGACCGUUUCCUGUAUGUUUCAUUAUUCUUACAUUAGUGAGAGUGGAAUAUAAGUAUCAUUAAUAGAUGUAUUUUCAUAUACCCUGUACCUGUAAUAACUAUAUCCUGUACACCAUUUGGUUAUUUAAUACAGUGUAUACAAGACAAAAUUAAAUGAAUGGAUAGCAAGAUGUAAAUGUUCUCAAAAAAUAUUAAUAUUUAUUUAAGGAUGUUUGUGACAAGAUAAAACAGUUAAAGAAUUCACCUGUGAGUCCUUGUGUUGGGGGAUUUUUUCCCUCCAUAACCAGCCUCCGAAGUUGUCAGUUCCAUGUAAUCAUGUUGUUAGUUGUCCCCGUUGCAGUGAUUUAGAGUCCGUAACUGCUUAUAGCAACUUUUAUGGAAAUUGAAUUGAGUACACUACAGUACAGUACUCUGGACUAUUAAUAAAUAUAUUGGUAAUUUUUGUCUUGAUAUACAGUAAGUAUACUGUACUCAAACCCAUGGCAAUUAGUAGGCUACCAGUAGAUUCUUUCCUACCUGUGCUAUGUAUUACCUAAAGUAUAUAAUCUGAUACCUACGUUAUCAAUAGUAUGCCUUGAUAUCAUAUUGUCGUAAAUGGUUCAUAUAAGGAAGUAGUUUCAUGACAUGUUGCACUAUCUAGUGGACCAGAAUUUGUAUGUUUAUUUUAUUGUAAGAAUUGUUGUAUCUUCAGUGUUUGUAAAUCCAGUUUUAUAGUAACCUAUGGUAGCUCCUGAUAUUAGUGUGUUGCUGUAGGUUGUGUUGAGUGUUGUAAGAGUUUAAUGCUACUAUCAUAGUCAAAUAUUGUACUAUUUGUUACCAAAGUAUCAAGAAAAAUUCACAUAAUAUCUUAGAUGGCAUUUAAAAAAAAAAAACCUAUUACUAUUUUUUUCAUUGUGUUUAUAUCAAAUUUAUGGCUAAAUCCUUCAAAUUAUUUGAUAAACUGUUUCAAAUUUUUCUAUUGCAUUGUAAUUAAUAUAGGUAUUAAAGACAGGUAGGACAGAUGACAUGUGACAAAUCUUAAAUCUAAUGAAACAGGCUUUAUAAGUAUUGUGUAUUAUUGUAUACUAUUUAUAACAUUAUUUUUUAGGGCAAUAUAUGCUAAAAUAAGCAGAAUUUUGGCAAUUAUGUUUACAGUACUGUAGAACCUCUGUAGUUCACUUAUCUUUGGGACCGAUUUUGUGAUGAACCUAAGAAUUUUACAAGCUAAUGAUUGACUUAUAACACUGGUGCAGUAGACCUUGGGACCAUAUGUAUGUAAUACAGUACAGUACAUAUGUUUGAACCCAGUUACUUUCAAGACAGAUUAUCACAUUUAGUACAACUGACCUUAAGAUCCCAAAUUAGGUUAUAAAUGAAAAUAAAAUAUGUAGACUAAUACUGUACAGUAUAAUUUUUACUUGCCAUCCAAAGGGCUGAUUGUUUACACAUCAGAAUUCCAUUACAAAGCAGAGAGGACAUGAAAAUGCACAAGCCCAGUGACGCUGCCAGUAAAAUAAAGUAAAUACAUUAGCUCUCUGGCCUAGAUUUCACCUCUGCUGAUUUAGAAAAAUACACAGCAGAAAGACAUCCUCACCAAACAUACAAUAUCACUUAGCUAUAUUAGUUAAAUUCACUUAUUCAUACCACAAUCUUUUACACCAAUCAUAAAACUCAUUCAGUUUAUCUUUGCUUCUUUUAAAUUCAACUAUCAUAAAAUGAAAUGGUGGAGGUACAGUGGGGUAUGCUAUAAUGAACGGAUCCUACUACGACUAUUCCUAUAAUGAACGGUUUUAUCUUUAAAAUUGAGAAUGCUAUAACGAACGAAACUCCUACAACGAACAUUGUUUAAA